AUGGCUGUUGCUGUCUCCUACGCUCCUCGGAUUACUAGCGAUCCUUUCGUUUUAUCGGCCAGGAACGAUCACGCGAACACUACCCAGACCUCGUCAGCCACCCCACGACCAUUCGUCCAGUAUAAUUGUGCGCCAUUAGCCAUGUCAUCCGCCGCAAUGUCGAAAAAGGCCAAGGGGAAGAAGGUCGCAAAUGACCCCAAUGAGACGUCGAAGCUGUUGGCAGCUAAGAUCUCUCAGCUGGAGCAAGAUGCCGCGGGAGAGAAGGAUCAAGAAGCCGAGAUCGAACGCGAGGUGAAGAAGGCGACGCGGGAUCUCAACCAGCUGCUGAGCAAUAUCGAAUCGCCAAUGACUCGACUGGAGACGGUGCAUAAGAAGUAUACGGAGCUGUUGGCGGACAUGAAAAAGCUGGACCGCGACUAUGCGAAAAGCAAGAAACGAGCGGAUCAAUUGCAGAAAGACCAAGACAAGGGCAAGUCGGAGUUGAACAAAACAGCUACCAUGAAGGACAAGCUCGAGAAGCUGUGCAGAGAGCUCACCAAGGAGAACAAGAAAGUGAAAGAUGAGAAUAAGAGGCUCGAGGAGAAUGAGAGAAAGGCGCGCAUGAUCGUUAACGAACGUCUUGACUCGCUUCUGUACGAUAUCCAGGAUGUGAUGAACUCCAAGGGCAACCCGAAGAACGAGAAGAUGGAUAUCGACAUGGAAGAGGCUAAGGAUGCCGAAAUCCAGAGCCUGACUGCCAAGUACGAGGAGCAGCGCCGCGCUGCGGAGAAUGAGGCUGCUCGAUGUCGUGCUCUCAGCUCGCAGGUGUCGACCUUCUCACAUACCGAGGCCGAGCUUCGCAGCCAGCUCAAUAUCUAUGUUGAGAAGUUCAAACAGCAACGAGCUCUUCCUUACAUUCCGCAAGGAGAUGGAGGAAAUGUCAAAGAAGACCAAACGGCUGGAGAAGGAGAACCUGACCCUGACGCGCAAACACGACCAAACCAACCGAAACAUUCUGGAGAUGGCCGAAGAGCGGACCCGGAACCAGGAAGAGCUGGAGAAGUGGCGCAAGAAGAGCAACCAUCUGGAGGCGCUAUGUCGUCGGAUGCAAGAACAGGGCCGGGCCAGGGGAUUACGGGAGAGUUGGAUGGAGAUGAUGAAGGCACAGAGAGUGAGUAUGAUGAGGACUAUGAGGAUGAAGAUGAUGAGGUGAUCAGUGACGAGGAGGAAUAUGAGCUCAACAGUGGACAUCAUGAAGCCGUCCGUGAGCACGGAUCCGAACAGCAGCAACCCGAGAAGCCCGUGUAUGGGCCGCCGCCGCCGCCUGCCCUCGCGGAAGCACGCACCAACGGUAACAAAGCCGUGGUCAACGGGUGUUCGUAA